AUGAGUUCUCCCCUGGAUCGGCCGCCCCCACAUUCCACAACCAAGUUUGACCUCGGAAACCAGCCACGCCGACGUAAUGCAUCUAUUGUUCUAGUGGAUCAAGCCCAGAAAAACGACAGCUUCAGCAGUCAACAAGGGGGACAACUCUUCAACACAAGUACAGCUACCAACAGAAGCACACCAGACCUUGAGGAUAUUCUUUGUCAGGAUAGUGAAUUCCAGAAGCGACCUCGACACAUAGUUAAUUCUGAUUUAGCUCAGCAUGUGGGUACCACUGCAAGACAACUGAAGUUUGGUGACGUUACCCAGGAAGCAAACACCAUCAACAUCCAGAGCUCCGCUAUGUGUCGACCAUUGUCAGCAGUUUCCUGUGUGUCGACUGGAAGUGCCUUCUCAUCUGAUUCUGACAUUGAUGUAUGCGACUUCAGCGACAAUGAGAGUAUAUUUGGCCAAAGGACUGUUACACCAGAUCAAGAUUGUUUUACUGUGAGUAAAGACAUUAGUUCUCUGCCUCCAUCUCACGUAUCUAUACAGAACCAUUGUGUUAUCGCUGGACAGAAUCCUCACCAACAAACCAGCACAUCCAGUUUUCUUUUGGACCAGUUUCAGAAUGAUAUCAAGUGUAGAGACAAUGUCUCUAGUUGCCAUGACGAUGCAUCUCCGGGUGACAGCAGUGAAAGUGUAAACAAACCUUUGGAUAUUUUCGCUAUGGCAACAGCCGAACUUGACCUUCCAACCUCUGGAGAGAUCACAGAUGAGAAACUAGUUAUUGAUGAGUCCACCAUUAAAUGUGAAGUCAGCAGUACCACUGGCCAGCAGAGUGAACUUCCCCAAGUGCCAGCAAUGAUCGGCCGGAAUCGAUGCCUGACACCUGAAGCCUCAAUGAUUUUGACAAAAUGGUACGAGGAUCAUAUUUCUUACCCAUACCCUUCAGAUCUUGAAGUACAGCAACUCUGCAUUUCUUGCGGACUGACCAAGACUCAAGUCAAGAAAUGGAUGGCCAACAAACGUGUCCGGACUUUCAACACCCUCAGCAUCACUGGUAACCAACAUCCAAUUAAACGCAAGUUCAAAGGUGAAGUUGGUAAGGCAGCAGCUGUUUCUACCAAACCUAACUACCAACAACUUAGCACAGAGGCAAGGCAGGUUUUGAACCAAUGGUAUGAAAAUCACGCAGAGAAUCCCUACCCUUCUGAGGACGAAAAAGUGAUGUUAUCACGAACAGCUAACAUCACCCUAGCUCAGGUACGUUCGUGGUUUGCCAAUAAGAGGAGCCGUGCCCAUAACACACGACGACAGGUUCCUAAUUACUUCAUCAGUAAGUACCCCGAGUACACACCUAUCGUACACCAUGGUCAGUAUGCAUCGUGA